AUGAAGAUAGCGCGUUACAAAAAAGCGCAGAAGUAUCUGAAAUUCUAUUACAACAAUUACGGCUUCCACCAACCGUAUCAAGUGUUAAUAGAUGGGACCUUCUGCUUUGCAGCUUUCACAGAACACAUCAACAUACGUGACCAAAUACCAAAAUACCUAAACGGCAAACUUAAGCUAUUGACUACAAGGUGCAUAAUAAUUGAAACCGAGAAAAUAGCAAAGAAAACACAAGGAGCUCUCACAAUUUUGAAACAAUUCGGAAUACACGAAUGCGACCAUAAGGUACCAAUCAGUGGAUCUAAAUGUAUCUCAUCUAUGAUAGGGAAAACAAAUGACAAACACUACAUCCUGGCAACACAAGAUAGGGAUUUACAAGAGAAAUUGAAGAAAAUAGCCGGCGUACCGCUUUUAUACUUACACAAUAAAUCGCCGACUUUGCAAAAGCCUUCAACCGCUAGUUACAGUAAAGCAGGACAAGUUUUAACAGCUGACCCUCAUGUAUUUAUAAGUCCAGCACAGAAUGAAACACUUACGAAUAUAAAGAAGGCACUUGGUGUUGAACAAGUCCAAGAGGAGCCCAAGAAGAAAGUAAUUAUUAAGAAACCACACAAUCCAAAUCCUCUAUCAUGUAAGAAGAAAAAGAAGAGAAGUAGUGAUUUAAAACCGAAUCAAGUUAAAGAUGGUAAAGUCAGAAAGAGAAAGAAGAAUAAGCAAAAGGUGGUAAUGAAUAUUGAGAAUAAAUAA